AUGACGCUUUUGAAUAUAUUGUUAUACAUAGGUUUUAAAUAUGUUCCUAUAUUGCUAUUUUCAUUAACAUUUGUAGUUUCAUUAUUAAUAUACAUUACUGUUACCUUUUCAGCAAAGGUAAACCUUACUCCGACUCCUUCAAAAUUACCACCAAUAAACCUGAAAAGGGAUAAUAAUAAUAAUAAUAAUAAUAAUAAUAAUAAUAAUAAUAAUAAUAAUAAUAAUGAUAGUAGAAAAAAUUUUGAUAAGUACUUAGCAAAAGAAUAUCCAGAUGUUUCAAAAGAAAUUUUGGAAUUGAUAGAUCAAGUUAUAAAACUAUAUAUUACACCAUGGUUUCAAUCCAUUAAUGAUCAGGAAGAUUGUGCAUUUCUGCAAGAAUUAAGAAUAACAUUUCAGGAAGCUAUUGGGAAUAUUACUUCUAAGCUCGAAAAUGAUAAUUUUGCUGCUAACUUAUUUGCUAAAGCCCUAGCUAUAUUACAAAAACAUUGUUCAACAUACUCACGUAUAAGAGUUGAAAGUUUGGCUCAUAACAAUACACAGCAAACGGAUUUGGAAAUAGCUUUACUUUUCAAUAAACAAUUUAAAUUACAUAAGGCAAUCUCUUUAGGUACCUCAGGCGCUGAAUUUGAUAAACAAAUACAAUCGCACUUGAGAGAAUUGGUCAGUUCUUUAAUUUUGCCUGAAUUUCUAGUUUCGAAAAAAGAUUUAAGCUCACCGAUUGUCUCUUCAUUGACACGAGAGAUUUUAACAUGUACCAUUUUACAACCCUUAGUUAAUAAGUUAUCAGAACCAAAUUUUUGGAAUGGUAAAAUUGUAGAAAUAUCUGAACAAAUUUUGAAGGAACAAAAGCAAGUUCAGAGUAUUAGAAAGGCUUUAUCCAAAGAAGUUACUGACUCCAUGGUUAAUAUGACCAAAACGUUAUCCACAGAUCAAAAAUAUCCAGUUUUUAGUGGUGAGAGUAAAAAUGCUUCAUUAACUUCAAUCAUUUUAUUAAGUAACUAUUUAGAUGGCUUAAAAAUAGACACAUCAGGUACUGAAUUUGAAUCUAUUUUGCAGAAAUCGAAUUCAAUUUCUAAUACAUAUCUUUUGAAAUACCAAAAAAACGUGUUGCUUGAUAAGAUAUUGGAAUUACAAUCAACCUCAUAUAAAUAUGAUAAAAAAAUAGCCAAAGUUUAUAGGAAAAGGUUAGAAUUGUUAUUAAACUUGAUACAAAAAAAAAUAUCACCCAAUUGCAAUAAUCGUAUUAUUUACAACAACAACAACAACAAUAAUAAUAAUAAUAAUAAUAAUAAUAAUAAUAAUAAUAAUUUCCAUAUUUGUACAAUGGCUUUAUUAAAAGAUUUUGAAAAAAACAUCAAGACUAUGAACUUCUCCAAUAUUUUGAAUAAUAGAUCUUAUUUAACGUGUUACGAACUUUUUCUUGAAAGAUGUCAACCUGAUUUGUUGAUAUUGAUGCAAUUUUGGAAAGAUGUAGAGGAAAUAAAGGAUCCACUAGAAACAGCCCAACUAAAUAGAGACUUGGUUAUUAACAUCGAAAGUGAUAAGGAUGAUGUGAAGGACAUUUUCCGGAAAUACUCAAAAAAGUUGACAAAGUGGUUUGAGCAUGAUUUAGAUUAUGAAAAUAUCCUAGAUUACGUUAACAGUGGCAGAGGCACGUAUAGUAAUUCGAGACAGUCAUUAUUAUUAUUACAAGAAGAUGCCUUUAGAAUAUUGGAAAGUGGUAGUUUUAAUCAUUUUUUACAUUCAAAAGAAUUUUUUUAUUUGUUAUCACAUAUCGAUGUUCCAAAUGAAGAGCAACAAGGCGUUACUAGCAAUAAUAUUUUAAGGGAUACGUUUGAUACGGUACAAAUUAUAACCAAUGGUAAUUUGACCAAGGCUCUAGGUGAUAUUUUAAAUGAAUCUGAAAAGGUAAAAGCUUCGGAGCAACUGGAUGAGAAUGAAUUUAAAGAAUUGUUUGGUGAUGAUAAAAGUAAUGGUUCCUUAUUCAAAGAUGAUGAGGAUAGUAGUCAUAUUGGCAGUAGUAAUAAGCAAAUUAAACAUAAACCUAAUUUAUUUGAGGAGGAUGAACAAGAACCUCACAAGAUAGUAAAUGAUGAUGGAGCCACGAGUGAUGAUAUUCGUCAUGAAAAUGAUACUGGUUAUGAAGAUGACUACGCAGUGGAUGAGUAUAAUGAACAAGACAUCACCUCACUAACAAUGACUAUAACUGAAUUAGAAAAACAACUUGGAAUUUUAUCACAUUUAAUUUUAAAGGCUGAAUUGACCAAUAAUCAAAUUGAACUUCAUAUUUUGCGCAAAUCUGAAAGAAAUAUUAAAAGAGAAUUAGAAUACAAAAAAGUCUUAAAAAUGACACUAACUCAAAGAGAUAUGUUUUUGUUUAAUAACACCAAAAUUUUUAUUCCGAGUUAUUUUACCUCAAGAGAUGUCACUUAUUACAAUAUUUCAGUGGAGUAUGUUGAUAUCAAUGCGCAAGUGCGUUGCUGGCAAACAAUUAAGAGAUUCAGUGAGUUUGUCAGGUUGAACAAUUAUUUAAGAGAAAUUUAUGGUUCGUUUUUUAAGAAUAUUAAAUUUCCAGCAAAGAUAGAAUUAAACUUCAAUAAAAAUAACCUAGUUGAACAAAGAAAGACGAAACUUGAAAUUUACCUAAAUCACCUGUUAAGUGUUCCCCAAAUUUGUCAGGACCCAAUUUUCAUAGAUUUUGUCUCUGGAAGAAGUAACAGAGGUAAUAAUAAUGGUACUAAUUACGAUGAAUAUGAGUAUGAAGCUGCACCCAGCAUGGGCAUUAGUUCUUCCGAUAUUGAGAGUUCUAUUAUAACUACGAGCAGCAACAGUAGCACUGGUACUAGCGGCAACAAUGCAAAUGAUGUGAUAAUUACUAGGACAAUCAAAGUACAGGAUUCGUUUGUUAAAUCACUAACAGAUCUUUUUGCUACUGUUUUUGAAAUAGAAAAGGGAACUUCGAUUAGAGGCCGUGCUAUUAUAGUUAUCUUGCAGCAAUUGCUGGGAGGAACUAUUGAAAAAUACAUUAAAGAUACCAUCAAAAAAGUGACUUCCAGUGACAAAAUAUCGUAUUCUUUAAAACUUUUAAGGGUUUAUCUAACUGAAAACGCCCAAAAGAACGAUAAUGGAUCUGAGCCUGAUGCUUUUUUUUUGAAAAAGAAAAGCUUAAUAUCUUUCCAAAAGUUAAUGAUAGAAACAUGUCUAAAAGGUGUUGGGAUUAAACGGUCGAGGCGUGGUGCUAUAUUAUUACAUGAAAUGUUGCAAAAUAGAUGGUUAAAUUACAGUUUGAUAUUAUAUAUACUAGACUUGGUGGUACAAGAAUUAUUUAUAUAA